UUUCCAUCCAGUAAAAACACAGACAAUGCCGCACAUUUAUCCAUGCAACAACCUCAUAAUUUUAUUUUGAAAUUUAAUGGAGCUACUGUAAUGUCAGCGCUCCUCAAUUUGUCCUACCCAGAACACUAUUAUGUUAGAUUUAAAAGUCUCAUAUAUCAGCUGCAUAACAGCAGGGAUGUUGCUUUUUGUUCAGAUCAGCUAUGCAGCUUGGAGCUUGGACGUAGAUGGGCAUCCUCGCGGGAAAAAGAAACAUGAUGAAGAAAGUUGGACUGAUCGGGCUGCUGCUUUUACACCAGGCUAGAUCGUCACCAGGUUGCACUCCCCAUGUCGAUCCUAUGAAAGAGGAAGAAAAGUGCAUGAAAAGUCUCAUAUUGGUCAGGGAACAAAAAGCCAAAGUAAACAGCAGUGUGUAUUGUAAGGGAAUGUGGGAAGACAUGCACUGCUGGCCACCCGCCUCUCUGGGGGAAACAGUCUCGCUGCCAUGCCUGGAUAUCUUUGGGCGUGUUUCAAAAGGUGAAGUGCACCGCAACUGCACCAGCAAUGGAUGGACGGAUCUUCUCUCCCUACAUGAGGAUGCAUGUAGCUACGCUUUCAAUGACUCACUUAAAUAUCUAGAACAUGACUCAGCUUCCCAUUGGUUUUUCUCCUAUGUGAAGACCAUGUACACCAUCGGAUACACACUCUCCCUUAUCACUCUUACCAUCGCUAUCACCAUCUUCUGCUUCUUUAGGAAGCUGCACUGUACCAGGAACUACAUCCACAUCCAGCUGUUUGUCUCCUUCAUCCUGAGAGCCAUCUUCAUCUUUAUCAGGGACGGUCUCCUUUUUACAGAUUCAGAGCUCUACGACUGCGACAGCUCCACUGUAGCUUGUAAGAUUGUGUUGAUGUUCUGCAACUACUUCAUCCUUGCCAACUACAGCUGGCUGCUGGUGGAGGGUCACUUUCUGUUCACGCUGGUGAGCCGAUCCUUCUUCUCGUUGAAGAAACACCUCGCCUGGUCCAUCCUCCUGAGCUGGGGCGUACCAUUUAUUAUUAUUGUCUGCUGGGGAUGUGCUAAGUAUUUUUUUGAAGAUGAAGGAUGUUGGGAAAGAAGAAAACAUGAAUGGAUUUGGUGGAUACUCCGUGUGCCAGUUCUUCUCUCCAUAUGUGUGAAUCUCAUCUUCUUCUUGGGUAUUUUGAGGAUACUGAUCAGCAAACUCAGAAUGUCAGACGCACACCGGAGCGAAUUCAGUCAGUAUAUGAAGCUGAUUAAGUCCACAUUUUUCCUGGUUGCUCUGUUUGGACUCAACUGCAUUCUGUUUGUUUUCUUACCCGUCAACGUCAGCAUCUCUGUAUUUAAGAUCUGGACGUCUGCAGAGCUGGCGCUGUCAUCCAUACAGGGUUUUGUGGUCGCUGUUCUCUACUGCUUCAUGAAUGGAGAGGUGCAGCAGGAGUUUAAGAGGCGGUGGAAAAGAUGGAAGCUCACCCGGCACCUGCCCAGUCGGAGUCGACAGCAUCACGGCUCCAUCAGCCAGAUCGGAUCGCCUCACACGCAGGUCUCCCUGCUGCCCUCUUCUCCUGUCAGUCUUACGAACACUGGAUUCCCUGCAGACACUCUGGAGAUGUGAACAUAACUCUGUGUAAGAACUUUUCUUGUAAUCCCAAAGAACAGUUGAGAGCUAUUCGCCUACAGGACAAAUUUGAUUAAAAAUGAAAAUUUGUUUGCUUUGUUAGGGCUUGACCAGACCAGGGAAAGUCCCAAAAACAUAUUCAAUCUACAUUGCAAACAUUUUCAGAAGAAUAAAAGGUGUUCUAUACAGCGAAUGCUCUCAUUGUGAUGAGAAAGCACGACUUGUUUAAAUUGUAAUGUUUUGACUUUUUAUUUAAAGAAUAUCCAUAGUUUGUAGCUAACCUUUUCCAUUUUAGCUUGGUAUUAUUUAUAUAAUGACAUUUCAGAUCAUUUCAGAGCCAGAAGAUCAUUCAUGCACACAAAAAACAAACUGGUGGUGGAACAGCUGUAGCGAUAUUAGGCUACAAUAGUUUAACCUUUGCAUUUGUUGGUAGCUUACAUAUAAACAAAAAGGGCAACAGCAGACAGAACAUUUUGUGAACACACUCUGUUUUAAUUAAAACAUCUAAUAAACAGUUGAAAGGAUGGUUUGUUUGGAUGAGACCAAAAUCUGGCAGAGACUUAAACCUGGAAAAAAAAGCCCUUGAGGUUAAUGGCCAAAUUGCAGGUGUGUGUACAGUAAACAGUACAUUCAGUUUAUGACAGAGAAGAGAUAGGAUAUGACGUCUGAGCACUGCAGUUUUCCAUCAGGACCCCAUCAAAGGCUGCCUGCCCUGAAUGAAAUUAAACCAUAUUUUCAGGGGUUUCAUAAGAAAAGAGUUAAUGAAUUUUAAAUCCUUAAACGUGACAAUUUGGAACCCAUACCUUUAUGCCAAACAAGUAUAAAAAAAUGUAUGCGUUUCACAUUUAAAAAGAUGAUUUAAAUCCUGAAUCAUGUUUUAAAUAAUCUGUAAACAAUGUGAAAUAGAACAGUUCAGCUUUUACUCUUAUUUUAGUCCUAGAUCGUAUAAUAAAAAGUUCCCAUAAACAUUAUAGUAAUUUUCACAAUAAAAAAAAAAACAUGAGCAGUUUUCUGUCUUUUUUUUUUUUUUUAACAGAGUCCACAUCACAAAACCUGACACAUUGUACCAUCUGGAAAAUAAUGCAUUUUAAGCACCACUUAAAGAGGAAUAUAUUACAUCAUUAUCAUUGACUGCUUGUAAAGAAAAACAUAUUAAAGAUCCAAAACAUUUCA